AUGAAUCAUGAAGAGAAUCAAAUCGACGAUAUUUAUGGACUAUUACAUGAAAUAUUUAGAGAUGUUGUACAAGAAGAAAAUGAAGUAAAUGUAGGCCUCAAUGAAGAUGCAAAAAAGUUCUAUAAUCUAGUCGAAGAAGCCAAACAAGAUUUGUAUCCGGGUUGUAAAAACUUCUCUAAAUUGUCGUUCACCAUCCGUCUUUAUUUAUUGAAAUGUAUUUAUGGUUGGAGCAACAUAUCAUUCAAUUCUCUCUUAGAGUUGUUGAGAGAAGCUAUGCCUUCAUUGAACAUCCCUGAUACGUUCAGCAAAACCAAAGGUAUGAUAAGGGACUUAGGGUUGGAUUAUAAGAAGAUCGAUGCUUGCCCUAAUGAUUUCAUGAUAUAUUGGAAAAAUCAUGAGAAUGAUACUUCUUGCCAUGUUUGUGGUGCUCCACGGUGGAAUGAAGAUGUAAAAGGAGAUGAUAAAGUUGAAAAAAGUCAUAAGUCUCAUAAAGUUCCUUUGAAAGUUUUGAGGCACUUUCCCUUGAUUCCAAGACUUCAAAGAUUGUUUAUGUGUUCAAAGACUGCUAGCUCAUUAAGGUGGCAUGAUGAAGAACGUUCGAAAGAUGGGAAGUUGAGGCAUCCUGCAGACGGAGAAGCAUGGAAAGAAUUUGAUAAAUGUCAUUCUGAAUUUGCUGAUGAGCCGCGUAAUAUAAGACUUGGGUUGGCCAGUGACGGAUUUAAUCCAUUUAGAACCAUGAAUUUGUCUCAUAGUACUUGGCAUAUGGUAUUAAUACCAUAUAACUUUCUACCUUGGUGGUGCAUGAAGGCUGAGUAUUCUAUGUUGUCUUUAUUAAUCCCUGGACCACGUUCACCUGGGAAUAACAUUGAUGUGUACCUUCAACCAUUGAUAGAAGAAUUGAAAGUGUUAUGGGAUUUGGGUGUAGAAACAUAUGAUGCAUCACUAAAUCAAACUUUCCAAAUGCGGGCAUCUCUCUUAUGGACUAUUAGUGACUUUCCUGGGUAUGCUAUAUUGAGUGGGUGGAGUACAAAAGGGAAACUAGCAUGUCCUUGUUGUAAUUAUAACACUAAUUCAAUAUAUUUGAAUAAUAGUAAAAAAAUGUGUUAUAUGGAUCAUCGUGUUUUUUUGCCCGAGGAUCAUAAAUAUAGGUCGAAUGUUAGGAAUUUUAAUGGGAGCAUAGAAAUAGGCCACCACCAGAGUUGUUAA